AUGGCUACCGACCACAACGCGGCUGUCGCCGUUUCCUCCUCAAACCCGUUCCGCCGAAGAGGACACUCCUCAACCGCUUCUGUCCAUUCCCCGCCGCCAAUCUCGGUUCCUGACGGUCUCUUUGCAGGAUUUGACACCGUCUCGGCACCAGGUGCUUCAAGCAACCACGGAAACUACGGCAGCGACAUCUUUAAACAGCAGCUGCAAUCCCUACCCAAAUCUGCCGAGGCACCACCGUCCACUACAUUCCAGAGACCAAAGCCUGUGAAAAAGGUCCGUGUGCAGUCGCCCCCGCCAUCGUCUCCCGAGUCCGUCAAUGCCGAAUUCGAGGCUCGUUUUCCAGCACACGGUCCGCCGCACAUAGCAUAUGAGGUCCCAGGUAGCGAUGAGAGCAGCGACGACGAGCAGCCACUCCGGGGUGGCCACAAUUACAACCCAAACGACGGGGCUUGGAACCAAAACCAGGCACCAGGCCCAGCGAGGCCACCGGCCAACCCUUUUUCAAAAACACUAAGUGACUUGGAAAACACGUCUGCGGAUGGCAAAGGAGCAACUGCAACCACGGGCGCAAAGGGUUCUAUGGAUGUGGAUGCGUUUAGGAGACUGCUGAUGACAGGUCAGCCUGGUGCACCGCACGCCCCAGCAGGUCAGCAAGCGCAGCUUCAGCCCCCGCAUCAUCAAGGGGACGCCGCAAGCAAUACGGAUGCCUCGUCUAUAUCUCGACACUCCAUAUUCGACGCCUCGAACCUCCCUCCGGAGACUCCUCGUACGUCACACGAGAUUUCGGAUGAAGACGAGGAUGAGGAACACGGCCUGCUACCCACGCAGCGGUCUCAGCGCAAGACGCUUCGCAAGAAGCCACCUCCACCGGCAUCGAGGCACGGGAAGCCAUUCAGUCUUGAUAUUUUGGGUCAGGACUUUGCGGAAGAUCCUGGCCUCUCACCAAGCCUCAGAUCUUCAUCGGCCAGUUCAGAUCUCAACAAGCCAUUACCGCCAGCACCGAGGCUCCCCGGUGGAGACGCCAAUGAGAGCGUCUUCGACCGCGAGGCUGCAGGGAAGAUACCAGAAGUCGAUGUAGACCCGGAUGCUCCCGAUGACGAGAUUCCGCCUCCAAGACCACCAACCCCGCCUAAUGCUUCACACUCCACUGCGUCGCUACCUCUACCCAAGAAACCCGCAGCGCCGCCGCCGCGUAGGCCUGGACACGGUAGGAGUGACAGCAGAGCUACCGUGACAUCACUGGCUUCUCCGGUAUCGGCCAUACAAAAUUCAAGAGAAGACCAUGAGGACGGGGACAGCGUGCGCCGUCCGUCCUCAGAGUCUGUACGCUCCAGAUCCUCAAGCAUCCGCGCUCCUGCCCCGGCUCCGCCCCCGCCGAGACGGUCCGCUGCGACUAGUAAUCCACCGCGACCAAACAAUGGCCUUACAUCCCCUGGGGUCUCGAGGACGCCUACAAGCCCAUGUUCGGGGUACACAUGGCCGGGUGAUUCUCCCACGCCCCGUGUAAGCAGCGGGGGAGCGCCACCACCCCCACCGGCGAGGAAGAACUCGGUGAGGAGCGGCAGGCCCGCAAGCAUCCGAAGCGUCGACUCGACAUCGCGCCGAAUCGACAGCAACGGGUCCUUGACACCGACUUCAUCGGCGUCUGCGCCGCCGCCGCCGCCGCCUCCUCCCCGACCGCGGGCAAGGGGCGGAAGUAGGACCAGCACAGACGGGGUUCCGGACGGCACGGUGCCCAGGGUGCAUGAGGCUGUGCCGGAGGAGGUUCACAUCGAUGAUCCCGGGGCCGGCAAGGACAUACUGGCAGACCUAGACGCUCUACAGAGGGAGGUUGACGCGUUGAGAGGUCUAAGGUAA